GCUAGGCGGAAGUAAAGGUCAGAGGUCAACAGGGAUAUGACAGCGUGCUUUACAGAUUCUCUUAUCUGACUGAUCGUAGAUGUUGUCAGGGUAGCCAAAAGGAAAACGGCUCCAAGACAUGGGAGUGCAGCUGUUCCUCUUUGUCUUUGUUGUCAUGACAAUAGUUUCCCGGACAACAGUUUCCCAGACAACAAAAGACACUUGGAGUCGGCUAAAUCUGCCAGAGGAACACAUUCCGUAUUAUUUUAGAAACAAUCCAAAACUCGGUGAACAGUGCAGCAAGGAUGAAGGUUGCCCUUACAAGGAUCUACUGGGGGUGAAGAAAUGUUGGGGAUAUGAGAAGUCGUGUCCAGAGACAGAGAGGAUGUCCAACCCGGAGUGUCCAGGAGAGGCACCUGGAUGGAUACGUCGAAAAGAAGACCAACUGAGUAAUUUCUGGAAGCAGGCAGAUUUUGGUUAUGUUAAGGAAAGACUAGAUGAAAUGAAAACAUUGUGCGAACCACAAAAGAAGGGAGAUUCUUCGCUACGGUGUUCUAGUUUCACCAGGUACUGCAGGGCCACUGACAUCUAUAUUGACCUGAGAAAUCUUAAUAGCAAGGCGCACACUGACAGGUUUCGCGAAUCUGUGUUUAAGCAGGGUGAAAUUGGGGGACACUGCAAACUGAAUAAAAAGCUUUUGAGGGAACAGUCUGAGCACAAAAGUCCACUACAAUCUUGGUAUGCAGAGUUGGAAGAGUAUUCACAACUGAAUUUCAGACCCAUCAAGGAUAAAAAAUGUGACGUGGUUUUAAAGAAACCUACGUAUUUCAUGAAGUUAGAUGCGGGUGUAAAUAUGUACCACCACUUCUGUGAUUUUUUCAACCUUUACAUGUCGCAGCACAUGAACAACAGUUUUGACACUGAUGUUAACAUUAUUAUGUGGGAUACAAGCUACUAUAGGUAUGCAGAUUUGCUGAUGGAGGUGUGGCCAGUUUUCACGGACCAGCAACGCACGCAGUUUGCUCCAGUUUUACAACUGGGCAAUGAUUUUAAUGGGAAAAGGCUUUGUAUCAAGGAUGCCAUAUUUUCUCUCCUUCCACGAAUGAGAUACGGGUUGUUUUAUAAUACCCCAAUUAUUCCUGGUUGUGAAAGAAGCAGCAUGUUUAGGGCUUUUUCCCAACAUGUGCUUCACAGGCUCAAAAUAGUCCAACAUGGACCAGUGGAAAACAAGAUAAGGAUAACAUUGCUAUCAAGGAGUACCAAAUAUAGAAAGAUACUUAAUGAAGAUGAGCUUAUUAAAGCUUUAAAAACUGUGGGUGAAUUUGAAGUGAAGAAAGUGGAUUUCAAGUACAAAGAAACCCCAUUUCUAGAUCAGCUUCAGGUUACCCAUAACAGUGACAUAUUUAUUGGAAUGCAUGGUGCGGGGCUCACGCACAUGCUGUUCCAGCCAGACUGGGGCGUGAUAUUUGAAAUCUACAAUUGUGAGGACAGUGGAUGCUACUAUGAUCUGGCCAGGCUACGUGGCAUUAAGUACAUGACAUGGGAGAAACAGGACAAACUUGUUCAGGAGGACGAGGGUCACCAUCCCCAGCUUGGUGCUCAUGCCAAAUUCACAAACUAUUCUUUCGAUGUUGAGGAGUUUAUGCGGAAGAUUCAGGAGGCAGCGGCAUAUAUCAAAAACCACCCAGACUUUGUCAGAGCGCGGAGGGCAAAGUAUGGAAGUGGAGAUAACGCUCAAUCAAAAGACGAAUUGUGAUCUGGGACUGCAUAUAGGAUAGAAAAAUUAUUGUGUUCCUAUAUUUAUUCAUAUCAGGGUAAAAUAGCAAGCUUUACAAAAGAUUUCCAUUUGUUUUUUUUUUAAGCCUACUGCUGCUGGUGGUAUGGUGGAAGUUCCACAAUAUCUACAGAAUUUCUAUGUGAAAAGUUUCACAUAUCUCAGUAUGUUCUUUUCCUCAUCAUAACUUUUGAUUGUAGAAUUAUGCAGAUGGAGAGGAUAGAUUAGUUAUUUUGCAGCUGACUUAUAUUUUCCAAAAAAAAAAAG